AUGAGUGAUCUAGACCGGGCGAUCGAGCAGCUGCGGGCCUGCCGCCUGAUCCCCGAAUCGCAAGUUCGCGAGCUGUGUUACAAGGCGCGCGAGCUCCUAAUCGAAGAAGGCAACGUCGUCUCCGUCGAUGCCCCAGUCACCAUCUGUGGAGAUAUCCACGGUCAAUUCCAUGAUCUGAUGGAACUGUUUCGCGUCGGCGGCGACGUCCCCGACACCAAUUACCUGUUCAUGGGCGACUUCGUCGACCGCGGCUUCUAUUCCCUCGAGUCCUUCCUCCUCCUCCUCUGCCUUAAAGUGCGAUACCCCGAUCGCAUCACUCUUAUUCGCGGUAACCAUGAGUCGCGCCAGAUCACCACAGUUUACGGAUUCUACGAUGAGUGUAUUCGCAAGUACGGUAGCGCUAAUGUCUGGCGUUACUGCUGUGAAGUAUUCGACUACCUGGCGUUAGGCGCUAUCGUCCUCGGCGCAAGCUCUGAGCUGGAACCAACUGGAUCCUCUAUGAAUUAUACCACACAAUCUACCAUGCCCAUCGAUGAUGGAGAGUUAGAGACAGAGGUGCUGAACUCACAUGGCGAGGUCACCUCGACCAGUUACCGCCCGAGGUUCCGACCGGCUUUUUCUAAUGAUUCUCGCAAUAUCUCCCCGCCUGCUUCAGGUUCAACGGGAGCUCCGACUCGGACUGGAGUGCCGGGAACAGGGGCAAGUGCAGAUGGUAACGGUAGCGCGACAACUAGUCGGACGGGUGCUGUUCUUUGUGUACAUGGUGGUCUAUCGCCGCUCAUCGACUCUGUAGAUAAGAUUCGACUGAUAGAUCGGAAGCAAGAAGUCCCACAUGAAGGUGCCAUGUGUGAUCUUCUGUGGUCUGAUCCCGAUGAGAUUGAGGGAUGGGGUCUCAGUCCUCGUGGUGCUGGGUUCCUUUUUGGUGGUGAUAUUGUUAAGCAAUUCAACCAUCUAAAUGGUCUGUCCCUGGUAGCACGAGCUCAUCAACUUGUUAUGGAAGGAUACAAAGAAAUGUUUGAUGGAGGAAUUGUCACAGUAUGGUCUGCUCCAAACUACUGUUACCGUUGUGGUAAUGUUGCUGCCAUCCUUGAGCUGGGUGAAGAUACCAGCAAUGGAGGGACGAUUGCACGCAGUAACGGGGAGGUUGGCUGUAGCAAUGGCGUCUUGAGUGAGGGUAAUACAGUUGUUAGUCCUGGAAGGAGAUACCGUGUUUUCGAGGCUGCAGCCCAAGAUACAAGAGGCAUGCCUGCGAAAAAGCCUGUCGCUGAUUAUUUCCUUGUAAGUUUGCGAUGA